CCACAAACCCAUCGAUAUAAAGAGCUACAAGAAGAAACUGAACGAAAGAGAGAGAAACCUUCCCGAGCCAUCAAUGGCGGUCCUCGCUUCUCGCCUCUAACCUCUUGUGUUUUCUACCUGUCGUCUUUUUCCUUAGCCACAUAAAUAACCCUAAAGCCUCGUCGCCCUCAUUCGCCAAGACCAACAGAAAAAAGACCGAAUUGGGCAAAAUGUAUAAAUGGCUCUCGCUCAAUCGCCUUUUUGAAUUUUGAGAAGAAAAAGGAGAAGGAAGAAAUGGAGAAUCUAAUUGUUGGCUCUCGCCUUUCUUUUCUUCUAUUCUUCUUCCUCUUUUUGUUUUUCGAUGUUGUUCGUCCUGACAUUGGCGAAUUCGAUGAGUAUUGGAAGAAACGCGCAGAAGCCGCUCGUGAUGAAGCACAUGCGGCCUAUAAUCCUGAUCCUAUUGCUGCCACAAAUGACUUCAAUAAGGCCGUCCACAAGGCUUUGGAUAAGAACGAAACAAUUAGCAGCAGCAGCAGCAGCAGCAGCAGCAGCAGCAGAAGGGGAUUAUGGUCAUUAAGAAGGGGGAGAAAAAAGAAAUAUGGCGGACCCUGCCGCGCAACAAACCCAAUCGACCGCUGCUGGCGUUGUCGCUCCGAUUGGGCUCACCACCGGAAACGUCUCGCCACCUGCGCCAAAGGCUUCGGCCGCCGCGCUGGAGGUGGCCGCAACGGCCGCUUCUACGUCGUCACCGACCCCUCCGACCACGACCUCGUCAAUCCCCGCCCCGGCACUCUCCGGCACGCCGUCAUCCAAACCCAACCCCUCUGGAUUGUCUUCGCCCGCGACAUGAUCAUCCGCCUCAGCGAAGAACUAAUCGUCAACAGCUACAAAACCAUAGACGGCCGCGGCGCCAGGAUCCACAUCGCUUACGGCGCCCAAAUCACCAUCCAAUUCGUUCACCACAUCAUCCUCCACAACCUCCACAUCCACGACAUCAAACCCGGCAACGGCGGCAUGAUUCGCGAUUCCGUCAACCAUUACGGCUUCCGCACCCGCAGCGACGGCGAUGCGAUUUCGAUAUACGGUUCUUCGAACAUCUGGAUCGAUCACAUUUCAAUGUCCAACUGCGCGGACGGGCUGAUCGACGCGAUCAUGGGGUCGACGGCAAUCACUGUGUCCAACUGCCACAUGACGAACCACGACGAUGUGUUUCUGUUCGGUGCGAGCGAUUCGUAUUCGGAGGAUGCUCUGAUGCAGGUAACUGUAGCUUUUAACCAUUUUGGAAGGGGAUUGGUGCAGAGAAUGCCGAGGUGUCGGUGGGGGUUUGUUCAUGUGGUGAAUAACGAUUACACGCACUGGUUGAUGUAUGCGGUUGGUGGGAGUAGUCAUCCGACGAUAGUGAGUCAAGGAAAUAGGUAUAUCGCGCCACCAAAUCGGGCGGCGAAGGAGGUGACGCAUAGGGAUUAUGUUGGGGAAUGGGAAUGGAGGAAUUGGCAUUGGAGAUCAGAAGGGGAUCUGAUGUUGAAUGGGGCGUUUUUUGUUCAGUCGGGGAAGAAGGAGUUCAUAAGGAAAUAUACGAAGCAGGACAUGAUAAAAGCCAAGCCUGGCACUUUUGUGAAAAGAUUGACGAGGUUUGCAGGAACUUUGCGUUGUAGAGUUGGAAGGCAGUGUUGAGCUGCUGAUUGCUUCACUCCUUUGGUGUUGGGAGAGUAUAUGGAAUUUAUUUCAUGUUCUUUAUUUUUUUCUUCAUAAAAGUGCUUCUUUUAUGGGAUAUAUCAUAUGUGAUUCUCA